GUCGGGCGUCAACGCCCCUUCCGCGUUCCGCGUCCACUGGCCAAGAGCCAAGCAAACAUGGGUUGCAGCAGAUGCCACCAAUCUCACCUGGCGGCGGCGUCGAGAAGAGCCGCACACCAAAAAGAUGCUCGGCUCUGGCUUUUGGCUUGCUCUGCGCACCACUCUGGCAUCCUUCGCCGCGCGCCCCCCCUUGGCCUCUUGGUCAUGGAGGCUUACCCCGUAUUCUUACUACAAGAUGAUUAUGCCCACUCCAUGACAGCGCUCGCAUACUGUGAGAUUCCGCUUCUUCAUCUGGAAUAGAGCAGCCCUGUGCCGUAAGCCUCUGGUCCCCAUACUGGGCUAACGUCAUUCGCAAAUACUACUGUCCUUGUACGGCCCAGCUUCACAGUAAAUCAGGUCCAGCAGCCGCGUACGCUAUCCCCCAUACCUGCAACCAAACCCCGUCACUUUACUCUCUUUCGUGGCGCCUUGCCUGCUUCGGUUGUCUUGGCCCGGACUCCCUCCUCCUUCUCUCACCUUUGUCGCUCAGCCGCCGCCCACCUCUCCAUUCGCAUCAUCCUCAUCUUACUUCCUCUACACUUCUUCGGCUGGCGUCUCUUGUAAUUACUUUAUCCUCUCUUUUGGGUUUCUCUUUCCUUUCUUCCUUCAAUAUCGUGCUCAUUGCAUUCUCGCCUGUCUUAUAUUGAUCCCGGAGCAUUGGUUCGGGUCAGCCAAGCCGCCUGACUGAACAACAGCGACCUAAAGCGCUCCUGACUAUUAGCACAAAGCGAGGAAGUUAUCCGAAAGAUUGUUGGAAUUAAUAUAGCAACACUUACAAGCGUCUUUUCGCUUGUCAAACGCCUUUCUUGUGUUCUAAUUGUCCUUAAGAGUCAAGCCCAACAACCCGUCAGCAUCGGCGUCUACGCUGUCAGACGAAGUAUACUCGGGGCACCCAAGUCUGGCAAAUUCACUCUUUUACACCACCAUUUCAACCACAUCUGACUUCUCGAUAUAAGAACCUUCCGACAGGUCGGAAUUUGCAGUCGGGUCAAUUCAGAGCUACAAGCAGUAGUUUGCUUCUUUUCCGGCUACCACUAGGACCAGCAAAUAAUGACGUCCCUCCACCGCCAAAGGGACUGCUAUUCAUCACAACUAGGGAGUCGUCAACAGGAGCAGCCAAGACAGCCAGCAAUUACUCCAAGGAGUAUCCCGCAUCCUAGAACGUCGCUAACGCCCGUCGACUCAUCGCCGAGCGUCUCGCCAGAGCUCCUAGGCUACUCAAACUCGACCCGGUGUAGGAUCUCUACACCACCAGAUCUCCCACACACCUCUACAGUGUAUAAAAAGAUGCACACAAACUACCGCACCGACAACGGCGACGAUGCCCUUCUUUCACAGUACCAUCGGGAUAUAUCUUCGUCAACACAGUUCCUCUCCAUCCACGAUGACUGUUCGCCCACCUAUCCCGACCAAGUCCCCCGCAGCCGGCAUGACUACGCCAGACCUUCUGAAAAGAGAAUGGCUCCCGAUAUACUAACGCCAAGCGGGGAAUUGCCUCCUCUUCAGAUUGACUACCCAAGACUGGACCAGGGAGUGCAGUCACUCCCUUCGAUUCGCUCUACCCUCGGAGACCUCAACACUCUUCCGCCGCUGGAAUCGAGUAGAGGCAUUGAACCCAGGGUAACCAACCGAUCUAGCCACGAGUCUGCAUUUGGCCACUCUCAACAUCGCAAUCAUAACAUGGCGCCUUCACCUCCCAUGUCCCCAGACCAAAGUUACCGAGUGUCCUUGCCGCCUCGAGGCUCUGUAACAAUACAAAUGCCACCCAUCUCAUCUACCGGACGCUCGCCAUUUGACAGCUCUAUGCGUAGUAAUGCUUCAGCUCACAACAGUGAAAGUCCUGUAUCAGCAGGCAUCACGUCGCCGUCGUUAUCACAGGCCGAUACUGUAUCCAGCACUACGGCAGGCAGCUUUGUCUGUUCAUAUCCCGGAUGCAAAGCCCAACCGUUCCAGACACAGUAUCUACUCAACUCUCACGCCAAUGUACAUUCUUCUGCUCGACCUCAUUAUUGUCCUGUACAGGGUUGUCCUCGCAGCGAAGGUGGGAAGGGAUUCAAAAGGAAAAAUGAAAUGAUUCGGCACGGGCUUGUUCAUGAUUCACCUGGAUAUAUCUGCCCAUUUUGUCCCGACAGAGAACAUCGCUACCCCCGUCCGGAUAACUUACAGAGACAUGUACGAGUGCAUCAUGUUGAUAAGGAUAAAGACGACCCCCUCUUGCGUGAUGUGCUAGCCCAGCGACCCGACGGUCCUAAUCGUGGCAGAAGGAGACGGGGCAAUAGUUCCUCGUAGUGUGUCUUUUAAGCGAUGAGCACAAUGAUUUUAGCGGAUUUAUUACUACUAGCAUUGUAAUCAGCCGACCUCUGCAUGGCAAUAUAUAUAUAUACCUUGAUGAUCUAACAUACAUUUAUGCUCGACCCCAUGACUUGUAACAAGCUAUAAUUAACAUCCAUAAAAAGAAUAUGCUUUUUGACUACCAUAUUUCCCAUUCACCCGCUUCAACUGAUGAAUCGCUAAAGACGUCACUCUCAAUGGCCGUGAUAGAGUGACGCAUGCCAAUUGUUUCUAGAAUCAGCCACAUGCCCUCUCGCUCUACCCUGCUUGGCUCAAUAUCAAAUUCAGGUGUACGAAUGACUGUGGAUGUUUCCUGGAACUCUCCUUCACCCGACUCUGCAAGCAAAACUUGCUGCGAUCCCCAACCGUGGACGAUUGAUAGGCGAAUCAUCAGCGACGGCGCACUGCGCGAACCAUACUCUGCAUUUUUGGGUAAAACAUGCCUGGCACAUACAUAGCUUCUCGUCAGCCAAGCUGCACUGAUUGGUACACGAUAUCUCUCCUCAUGCUCCGCUAACUUUAGAAGGUUAAGAGUCUUGCGCAGCCUGCCCGCCGCAUCAGCAGGCACAGGCUCCAGGCUAACAGAGGUGGUUGACGACGCUCGUACCGCAAAAUUGGCGAUUUGGCCGGGCUCAAAUGUCGAACAUAUCAGGGUAUAUGAUCCUGGCUGUAGGAUGGAGAGGCUGGCAACAGCGCAGCCUUUGCGGUAUUCACCUGACGAUGUUGCAACAUCCUUGGCUCGUACAGAGACCGCUCGGCGACCGAAUGCCCAAACCAAAUCGACAUGCACAUGGAUAUCUCUCGUAUCUGAAGCGAUCAAUAUGGAUAUUGGUGACGCUUUGUCGAUUGUCAGCUUAUACUGGGGGUUGAUGAAGUAUGUUGGGCAUGACGAAUUGCCUCCAGCUGUGCGUCUGGUCCAGCUACCACCUUGUUCAGCAAAAUGGGACAUUUCUUCAUUUGCUUCUGUGAGUGAGACGCUGUUGUGAGAGAAUACAGAUAAUGUGAAUGAGUAGCUUGGCAAUGGAAGCUCUUGCUGGUCGAGAACGACGGUAUAACUGGUGUUGGCAUCGGCAUCGAGCCUAGCAAGAGUUUGCGGCGAGUCCACAUACGGGCCACAGUAUAUCUCAUCGCCACUAACUUGUACUCGCUUGCCUUUGUUUUUGAAAACCAGAAUACUCAUAUAUCCGAGCUGUUGCGAUACUGCAGCCAUGGAUCCUGCCUGUUUUCGCAUGAUAUCAAGCUCAGCGUCCACAAAAUGUCGACUGAUAAGAAUCCAAACUGGUCCUGCCUGUGCAGGCGUCACAGAGAACUGUUUGUUUUCAAUUAGAGAUGAGGCUGCGUGGCUAGCAGGUUUUUCCCAGCGAAAAUGCAGAUCAGUUCGAUUUGGGAAAAGAGAUGGGUUCCAGUUGAGGUACAUGGACUCAAAAUGCUGGGCUACGUCUUCAAGAGCAACCCAUAGUGUACCGGCGGACGCAGGGCUCUCAUGGCCAUCAUCUGCUAAUGAUAAGCUCGGCGCUGGAGACUGCUGUGGUGUAGCCCAACCUGCACCUGUCCAUAUUGGGCCAUUGCACCAUGGAUUCUUAAUCAAAAGCCUGCGAGUAUCUCCAGUAGUGUCCAACUCAAGGACAGCAUAGUCAUGCUCACCAACGAGACCCAUGACUUCUUCUUCUUCUGCCGAUACUCUACCUGUUCCAAGGGUUAUAACGACAUCUUGGACAUCGUAUGCGCGCUUGAUACGGAUCCAAGUCUCAUUCAAAUCAAAAUCUUCACGCUGUAAGAAAAUUUGUUCGGGAAUCCAUCCCGUCAGCACCCACAGAUCAGUUCCCGAGUUACUACCUGGAAAAUCGUAUCCUCCGCGAACCUUUAAGUAUGCUUUCUCGAGAAGCGCAGGCCAGACUAAGGUAGGAUUCCGCCGAUCAACAACAAAUAAUGUGCGGUCUGUCUUCGAGGCAGGCAGUCUGUCGUCAAUGACAACUCGUCUGGAACACCCAUUGAAAUUCAUCUUCAUCACAUAUUUUCCUGAGCGUGAUACUCGAGGUCGUCCAUGGAUACGAUCAAACGGAUGAAAUAUUGAGGACAG